UUGACGUUUCUGGGUUUGGAGACGCAUCGUACGGACAAUUACCGAAAAUGUCGGAUAAGCAGCAGUUGUUAGUACUAUUAAUUAUUUUGGGAGGAAGCAGUCUAGUGACGGUCGCAUUUGAGUGUACUGCUGGCGAGGGUUAUGAUGGAUGUGCUUGCUACGUGGAGAAAAAUAACACGAAGAUUUAUGUAAACCUUCUGCCCCUCAAGGAAAAUUCUUCCACACCAAGGUAGCAAUGCGAGAGUCUGUUUGCUUUGCUUUAUUUGCAAUGAAAGGUGAAAUGAGUUGCAUAUUUGUAUGUAUAGUCAAUAUCACGGGUGGUGGGUGUGGUGGUGGUGGUUUAGGAGUUAUUUCUAUGAUGGCAAGGAAACUUUCUGGUUCAGCAAAGACGUUGCAUUUAUAGCACUUGACAGGCAUAUGAAAGGCGUACCUUUUCUGCCAAAAAAUAGUAUAUAAAAGGGUAAGGGGUGGAACGUCUGGGCAGAGCCUCUCUAUAUAAAACUUUGUUGACUGCACCCCAACAGCUCUCCCUCCCCUUACCCCAUGGGGGUUGAUAUGAAGAAAUAGCAGUCUAAUCUCCAGCAGGGGACAAAUCUACAGUGUCACUGGGUAGUAGUACAACUGUCUCUUUUCCCCUGCUGCUAGCUGGCAUAUUAAUUAUGUCACUGGUGCUCUAAGAAUAUUGUACCACUAAAAAUUCUUUAACCAUACAACUGACAAAUUACUCAGCAGGGCCCAGUUGUUCGAAGGCUGAUUAGCGCUUAAACCAGGGAUAAAUUUAACGCGGGUUUCUUUUUCUUGUGUUCAAUGCAUUUGCUCGGAUAAUUUUCUCGGUUAUUUUAAGAGCUUCCAAUCAUCAACUUGUAGGCAAAAAGAAUUAAAACUAAAACGCCUUUUAAGAUUUCAAAUCUAAAUUCAAAUCUUGCACUAACCCUGGGUUAUCUUAACCCAGCUUUGAACAACUCGGCCCAGGUUUCUUUGAGCACCUGACAUUCAAUUAACUGGCCACUUGACAAUCUUGUCAGGGACACUAUCAAAGCUAGGUCUUGUCUUUGCUUGCAGAUUUACAGUCAAAGAUAAGGAUUUAUGGUUUAUUUCCUACAGUCCGUGUGGUGUAUUUAGUGAGUUUGCAAACAAGACCCGGCCUGGUGUUAAAUCAUGUGUUAAUGCCUCUGUAAGUACGCAGCUGGAAAAUAUAUUCACUCUACCACGGCUGAAAGAAUGUAGCUAACUAACAUGUUCUAUAUAUUUAUAUUUUUUUUAUUCACACUUUUAUUAUUAUUUUUAAAUAUUAUUAAUGCUUUAUUACAACACAUAAAGUGCAAAAUAUGUACGUACAAAUAAUGAAACAAAACAAAAAUAAAAUAGAAAAGGACAGAAACAAAAAACUUACAUAAUAACAAUGGAUGCGUGAGCGUAUCAUGUUAUUUCAGUAAAUAGUACAAAAUUUCAUUGUUCCAUGAUUUUUGUUAUUGUAACCAUUUUAUUUCCUACUUUUCAGGUUGCGAGAUGGACAAAUGAAUCUGUCCUUAGCUGUGAAAGUCUGGGUAAUGAUGCAAAUUCAGAGUUUGUUAGCUCUGUUGCAGGAGAUGCUGGAGGGAAUGUAAAGGCAAACCUCACCUUGAAGUUUAGGUUACAAAAUAUUAAAUGUGAUGUUUUUUCUCCUUUCUCUUGUUACUCAGUAUACUUAUUUUUGCACUUCGCAUGUCUUUUUUGCUGCUUCCCCUGAGCACUCUCACCAAGUCAAGAAUUUAGCUAAAUGAGGUCAUAUACCUUUUGCAUAAUACUUCAUUGUUAUUUAUAAUAUUGCAGGAGCGGAGCUGCUGAACGUCAUUCUGCUGUUAUUUCAUUGGUGUGUAACGAAACUCUGCCAGAAAACGAGACAGUGUUUGAAUACAUUAACACAGUGAAUAUUCCCACCGACAUAUAUGUAAGUGCCCUCACUUUUCCAGGACAUUCUUGCUUUCACAUUUUUAAAGCCAUGUUAAUAAUAGCAAGAGCACAGGAAUAGCAGAUCAAAAAUAGUAACUUUCAGGAAAAUCUGAUUAUCAAGAAUUCCAUUUUGGUUAAAAACAGAAAGUAGUUUCUGAGUUUAAAUAGGUUCAAAUAAAUUUCAUCCAGCUAAAAGAUCUUUAAGGGCUGGAAAGAAAGUUUAAGAAAAAAUAAGAAAAUGGUAAUAUUAAAACCAGGCUGAGUUCCAUAAUUUGAAUUAUGACAAUUUAUGAUAAAUACACGAAGUGGUGUCAAUUUCUAUCUGCAGUAUCUAGCAUUAACAAGUAAAUGCUGUUGCCCAGGAAAAUGUGGAACUCCUCCAGGUAAGAAAUAAGAUUUAAGUUUUAAUAUAUGCUACAGGCUCGGUGCAAAACAGAACAAUGUAUGUAGGUUAACAGAAAAUACAUUUAUUGCAUUACACUGCUGCCCAGUUUUGAUUUCUUUGAAUGAUACAGACAUUUCUUUUACAUAACAAGGAUUCCUCUGCAGGACUGACAGAGAUGAAAUCAGGUGCUACCAAGCUAAAUCGUAUAACAUUUUCUUUUAAAAUAUCACAGUUAAUGUCCCUGACUUGUUUCAGCAGUUGAUUCCCAGGUUAACCCUGAAACAUUCUAACAUUGUUUUUUUCUGGUUUAAUUUAUCUUCAGCACUUCCUACUCCCACAACCAAGCCAACAGGUCUGUUGAUCACAUUUAAUCUUUUAGCUUAAUUGUAUAACAUUUUCUUUUAAAAUAUCACAGUUAAGUCUGUGACUUGUUUCAGCAGUUGAUUCCCAGGUUAACCCUGAAACAUUCUAACAUUGUUUUUUUCUGGUUUAAUUUAUCUUCAGCAAUUCCUACCAAGCCAACAGGUCUGUUGAUCACAUUUAAUCUUUUAGCUUAAUUGUAUAACAUUUUCUUUUAAAAUAUCACAGUUAAGUCUGUGACUUGUUUCAGCAGUUGAUUCCCAGGUUAACCCUGAAACAUUCUAACAUUGUUUUUUUCUGGUUUAAUUUAUCUUCAGCAAUUCCUACCAAGCCAACAGGUCUGUUGAUCACAUUUAAUCUUUUAGCUUAAUUGUAUAACAUUUUCUUUUAAAAUAUCACAGUUAAGUCUGUGACUUGUUUCAGCAGUUGAUUCCCAGGUUAACCCUGAAACAUUCUAACAUUGUUUUUUUCUGGUUUAAUUUAUCUUCAGCAAUUCCUACCAAGCCAACAGGUCUGUUGAUCACAUUUAAUCUUUUAGCUAAAUUGUAUAACAUUUUCUUUUAAAAUAUCACAGUUAAGUCUGUGACUUGUUUCAGCAGUUGAUUCCCAGGUUAACCCUGAAACAUUCUAACAUUGUUUUUUUCUGGUUUAAUUUAUCUUCAGCAAUUCCUACCAAGCCAACAGGUCUGUUGAUCACAUUUAAUCUUUUAGCUAAAUUGUAUAACAUUUUCUUUUAAAAUAUCACAGUUAAGUCUGUGACUUGUUUCAGCAGUUGAUUCCCAGGUUAACCCUGAAACAUUCUAACAUUGUUUUUUUCUGGUUUAAUUUAUCUUCAGCAAUUCCUACCAAGCCAACAGGUCUGUUGAUCACAUUUAAUCUUUUAGCUAAAUUGUAUAACAUUUUCUUUUAAAAUAUCACAGUUAAGUCUGUGACUUGUUUCAGCAGUUGAUUCCCAGGUUAACCCUGAAACAUUCUAACAUUGUUUUUUUCUGGUUUAAUUUAUCUUCAGCAAUUCCUACCAAGCCAACAGGUCUGUUGAUCACAUUUAAUCUUUUUUCUUUUGCAUCAGUCCAUCAUGACCAGCAACAUUUUAGCAUUAAACUGGGACAUCAAGCACAUAGUGUGCUUAUAGUGUAACAUAGGUGGUAUUUGACUGGUAUUUUAACAUUUCCUGUCGCAAAUCUGGGCACCCAGAACUGAUCAGGACUUAAUGUUAGUAACAAACAAUGGUAAGAGUCUCUCAAAACACAGGGAUGGCAGAGCUGGGGUACGCUUUCCUUGCAGAAGAGUCUCUCAGCAUUUAAGUCACUUGUCAGCCUCCCCCUCCCCAUGUGGAAAAAUGUAAAUGUUCCACCAUCCUUGAUACGAACUUAGGGAUUUUUUGUAGUUAAUUUUUUUUUCCUUUGCUAUUUUUAGAAAACAAAUCGCCACCUUCAGGCUCCCUCAAAACCUGGGAGAUAAUAUUGAUUGUUGCUGCAGGUGUGGUAGUUCUUGUGCUGAUUGUUGUUGGAAUGGUUUGGUACUACUGUAAAAAGAAACCUGGAUAUGAAGCAGUUUAGGAACAGGAAUAAUGAUACUCUUUCUGCUGAGCUUAGUAGGAGUAAAACUCUGUUAUAUAUAGUAAUAACGAGGUGUAACUAAAAAAACUCAGCUGGAAAGAAUAUGGAAAGUAAAGAGGAAAGCUUGAAAUAAGUAGUAUUUAAAAUAAUAAUGUAAUUAAUAUUAAUUUCAUUUUUAGGCAGCAAAAUAUAGAAUUUCCAUUUAAAGUAGUACCUGAACACGAUAAUCAUUUCCUUAGAAUAAUAAUUUAUUUAAAAGUAAGCUUAACUCUCGCCAAGACAGACACCACUGGGAAUGGAAUGAAAUCAACCUCAGGUCUGCUAUCUUUCUUGACACUUGCUUUUCAAAAUAGCAUUUAUCUCUACUAAGAGAAUACAUGUUGCAUUUGUCAAACACAGCUGCCUUGUUAUUGCUCUGAUUGUCUUACUAUAGACAGGCUUAAUGAUGGUUUAUGCUGCAACAACUAUAGGUGUGUAGAAAAGUUCUCCAUUAUAUAGAGGUAGCAAUGAAAUUAAGGGAGUUGACUGUAUAACUAUUUUGUUUUUGUGAUUAUUUUUGUUUUUCAAUGAAAAGAUUUAGUGCUUCAGUUCAUAUGUGCCGUUUUUAACAAGAAAGGUAAGAAAAUCAGGGGC